CAGCAUUGAGGUGAGGUAUCGGCCAGAGACCACAGCACGGAUGGAUAAUCACUGCAGAACAAUGCUCUGUACGGCUGGGCUGCUGGUGUUCCUGCUGACAGUGGCAGCUGAAGCUGGUCUGGGCCCCGGUAACUCCUCCAGCCUUUGCCCCGAGGCGAAGGAAUGCCUGCAGUUCGAUACCAUUUGCAAGACCUCAGGGUAUGAGGUGCGUCACUAUGGCCCGUCCAAGUGGGUGUCAACGGACGCAGAGGCCCUCUUUAUGGAGGUGGGGACCACGGUGGCCUUCAGGAGGCUCUUCAACUACAUCACAGGGGCCAACUCGGAUGGGGCGAUAAUUGACAUGACAGCUCCUGUCUUGGUGAAAAUACCAGCAGAGAAGAGGCUGAAACCAACGGUCUAUACACUUAGCUUUCUGCUGCCCUCAGCCUAUCAGGAAAACCCUCCCAUACCCACCAAUGAAAAGGUAUAUUUCACGGACAUGCCAGACAUGACUGUGUAUGUGAGGAGCUAUGGAGGCUGGAUGCUGUCCCUGACGUCCAGACUUCACUCCCACCUGCUGAAGAAAGACCUGAACUCAGUCCAGGCCUCCUACAACAGCACCUUCCAUUACGGGGCGGGCUAUAACAGUCCCAGGAGGCUCUUCCACAGACACAACGAGGUGUGGUACGUCACUGAGGGGGCGCCAGUGUGUGCCACUCCUCCAAGCCCCCCCUCUGAGACCCCCCCAACCUCAGCUUCACCAUAGGCACACACAGCUCUCAGAAGAUCAGACCCCUGCAGGAGGUGGUCAGCACAUCUGUCCGCUGGUCCGUCUUCGCUCAGACUCAUCUUGCCCUUUUUCUCAUGGACACUAGUAUUCACCCUCUACGGUCAGACCAUAUUACCGCAUGACAUGCUACUGAAACAUAACACCACAUUUAAAUGCCUGGCCAGUGGCCCCCUCGGCUAUGUAUUGUAUGCAGAUUAACAGCAAUUGUCUCUAAGGCUGAGCAAACAAAAAUGUAUGUGUGGGUAAUAUUGAUUGUACUCUUGAGGCCGAGCUGGUUGUGUGACAUGGAUGAUUAAAGAUAUUUUUAAAAGAUGGUCAAUGCUAAAUAGAGGUAGAAGAGAAGUGUUAUAUUUUCAUAAAAGUGGAAAA